AUGUGCUAUCACAAACGCAUUGUGUUUCUUUGUAGCCACUUUGGCUGGGCCCAUGAAAUCCGUCCAUGCGACACUCAAAAGGCCUUCCUCGACGGCUCACAGAGCAAAGAGUGUGAAAUCAUGUGUGCACAUCCUUUGCAAAGCAUCAGAGUCCAGGCCAAUUGCAAAGCCUGCGCGGCCAAGCAAAUGAAAACGGACACAACCAUGUGCACUGUAAAAGACAGACUGAGGGCACUGACCGAGACCGUUGCGAGACUUCAAAAGGCCGAAGAGAAGGAAGCGGAAGAGGAGCUCGACUUGGAUGCGGAAGCCGAAGCCGAAGCCUUUCUUCGCAUUGCUCCUCCUGUUUGA